AUGGAUGUGAUCGACCCUUCGUUGUCCUCCCAGCCCGCGCAAAGGGAAUGCAUGCAGGCGGGCAUGCACGCGGUCAGUCCCAAGGAUCAAGUGCCGUCGCAGUCGCCCGAAUCUGUCGCCAAGGAUCGUCGCCAUCAGAAGCACCGUCGCCGGAUCCUAGGCUCGCGCCACGGCACGCCCGCGUCCAUCCGUCCGUCCGUGCUCGAGUCGCGAGCGUCUGGCCCUCCGUCGCUCAGCGUUGACUCCGCUUUAGUCAAGCUCGCAGCAGAAGGGGGGGCCGAAGCUGAAGCGCCGUCGAAUUCUUGGGACGGCUUCUCGUUCCCCGCCACGCCGAGCACCUGCGAUGGCGAUCUUUCGCCCACGUUUUCGCCCAGGGUUUUCUCGCCUGGUGGAAACAUUUCGCCUCAUGGUUCUUCGCCUGCCUUUUCGCCAAGAAUUCCAUCGCCGCGGUUACCAUCUGGCGCAGCUGCGCAAGGAGCCGCUCCCGGCAAUGGGCGCGCAAUGGAGAGCCAACGGCGCGCGUUUCCUGGUUGUCGACGUGGCGCCGUGCCGCCGACUCGCCUGCAGCGCGACGCGGCGCUCGUCGGCUCUCCACGCGGCGACGCGUCAACUUCCUCCAAGGCGCAAAAUUCGCAGAAUUUCCUCGCGCCGAACGUUCUGAGCGCAGUUCGUCCGUCAGCGACGCACCGCGAUUAUUCGCACCCCGAGCGGGCGGCAUUCCAAGGUACCCCUGAGGCAAGUGCUGUCCAUUCCGGCAGUCACGCCGGUGCUCCCGCCAGCCGUGGCCCGCUCGCUCGCGUUCGCCCUGCCGCCUCCACAGCAGCAGGGGGAGCCCACGGCGUGCAGAUGCGCGGGCCACGCCCGCCGUCGCUCAUCCUGCCGUCCCAAUGCGCCCCCCACACGUGCCAUGGCACAUCCGCCACCCACGCUGCCGUCAGGGCCCCGCAGGCCGUCAAUGACCGUUCCGCUGCGGCUGCUGUCUCGCCCGCCGCGUCUGCUGACUCCGCUGCUUCCUCGCCGUCUUCAUUCGCCUCCUCCCCACCCACUCCCUCUCCGACCGCUGCUGCUGCCAGCCCCUCUGCCCACCUGCUCGCUUCCCCCUUCGCGGAAUCACCAAAGCUGCUACACCCACGCUCUCCGCACGCCGCCCCUUCCCCUCCUUCCUCCGCCUCCGCAUCUCCGCGCCUGCUCCAGGCGUCCCGUCCGCGCGCGCCCAGCGCACACACAUCUCCGCGCCCCUGCAUCCCCGAGCGCGCUGCGCAAAACGCCGACCAGGCCGAACUUCCUCGCGCAGCCAGCUUUCACCACCCGCCCGCCCGCCGCCGCGAGUCUGAUGCACCAAUGGCGCACGUGGCGGCCGAACUUGCCCGCGCGCGCAGCUUCCACCGCCCUCUCUCGCAACUGCAGCAGAAGCUCUCCCCCUCCGCUGCCCACCAUACCCGCUUGCCCUUCCCCAUCCUGCGCCUCGCCCUCCCCCGCUCCCCCAGCCAUCCCGCGCCCCGUAGCUGCCCGCCCGCGCAGCUGCUUGCGGGACAGCCGCUGGAGCAGCAACCGCAGCGGCGCGCAUCAUUCAGCUUCGGCGGCCAAUCAGAUGUUGCCACGUGGCAGCGUGGCCAUGAUGGGAUGGCUAUGGAAGAAGCAGACGUGCCCAUGUGGCGCCUGGUGGCUCGCUUCCUGACGCCGCCCCACCCCACACCGCCCGGUCAGGCGCCGCCCAGCGCCACCUGUGCACAGUUGACUUGUCACGCCGGUUCCAAAGGAGUAGCUGCAGCUUGCACUGCCGGGGAGCAGGUAGGAGGAGGCGCUGUGAUGGGGGAAGGAGGCGAUUCACAGCCCGACCCCCUCUCCACACGUAUGCAACCCCAUUGCAGCACCCACACACGCCCUCGUCACCUCAGCCCAGCAGCAGCAGCAGCAGCAGCAGCAGCAGCAGCAGCAGCAGCAGCAGCAGCAGCAGCAGCAGCAGCAGCAGCAGCAGCAGCAGCAGCAGCAGCAGCAGCAGCAGCAGCAGCAGCAGCAGCAGCAGCAGCAGCAGCAGCAGCAGCAGCAGCAGCAGCAGCAGCAGCAGCAGCAGCAGCAGCAGCAGCAGCAGCAGCAGCAGCAGCAGCAGCAGCAGCAGCAGCAGCAGCAGCAGCAGCAGCAGCAGCAGCAGCAGCAGCAGCAGCAGCAGCAGCAGCAGCAGCAGCAGCAGCAGCAGCAGCAGCAGCAGCAGCAGCAGCAGCAGCAGCAGCAGCAGCAGCAGCAGCAGCAGCAGCAGCAGCAGCAGCAGCAGCAGCAGCAGCAGCAGCAGCAGCAGCAGCAGCAGCAGCAGCAGCAGCAGCAGCAGCAGCAGCAGCAGCAGCAGCAGCAGCAGCAGCAGCAGCAGCAGCAGCAGCAGCAGCAGCAGCAGCAGCAGCAGCAGCAGCAGCAGCAGCAGCAGCAGCAGCAGCAGCAGCAGCAGCAGCAGCAGCAGCAGCAGCAGCAGCAGCAGCAGCAGCAGCAGCAGCAGCAGCAGCAGCAGCAGCAGCAGCAGCAGCAGCAGCAGCAGCAGCAGCAGCAGCAGCAGCAGCAGCAGCAGCAGCAGCAGCAGCAGCAGCAGCAGCAGCAGCAGCAGCAGCAGCAGCAGCAGCAGCAGCAGCAGCAGCAGCAGCAGCAGCCGCCGCCGCCGCCAAGUUACCCGGUACAUGCUCGCCAGCGAUGCCCCAGCAAUGGCGGCCGCCGCCGCGCUUUCGCCUUCGCCGCCGUGCCACCCUAUCCGGUCUUUCGCUGCUCUGCCUAGUCAUCAGCUGCCACGUGGCGGCGUCGGAGCGCAUCAAGAACGUGGUGGUGCUGAUGAUGGAAAACAGGUCGUUUGAUCACGUGCUGGGAUGGCUGCAGCCCCGCAACGCCGAGAUCGACGGCCUCGAUGGCUCCGAGUGCAACCCCAUCGUCGCCAAGGCCCGCGACGCGGACACGCCGGCCCCGCCAAGCGAUCCGGGCAAUUCGGGCGAUUCGGGCGAGUCGAGCCUGUCGGGCAAUUCGGCUGGCGGGGUGACGUUCGAGCAAGUGUGCAUUAACGAUAGAGCGCGGUACGACAACAGCGAGGAUCCCGACCACUCGUUCAAAGGCGUUCGCGAUCAGAUCUUCGGCGGAAAAUCGGUAGCUAAGGCCUCUUCUCGGCUUAUGCGGGGAUUCGCGCAGCAGGCGGAAGACCUCCGCGCGGGGUUCUCCGCGGAGGUGAUGUCCGCCUUUCCGCCGGCCGCGCUCCCCGUGACCACCGCGCUCGCCACGCACUUCGCCGUGUGCGACCGCUGGUUCUCGUCCGUACCGGGCCCCACCCAUCCCAACCGCUACUUCCUGCACGCCGCCACGUCCAAGGGGCUCCUGGCGGAGCGCAAGCCCGUGCUGCUCGCGGGCUUCCCCGCGCGCACCAUCUUCGACGUCCUCUCGCGUCGCAAGGUGUCCUUCGGCAUCUUCUACCACGACAUCCCCGCGUCGCUCGCGCUCUCCUCGCUGCGCCGGCGGAAGCACGCGCGCAAGUUCCGCCCGAUCGAGAUGUUCUACGCGCAGGCGCGGCUGGGGCGGCUGCCCGCGUACUCGUUCGUGGAGCCGCAGUACUUCAACUUCUCAUGUGAACCGGGCAACGACGACCAUCCGGGGCACGACGUGCGGCAUGGGCAGCAGCUGAUUAAAGACGUGUACGAGGCGCUUCGCGCCGGGCCGCAGUGGCGCAACGCGCUGCUGAUCAUGACGUACGACGAGCACGGCGGGUUCUUCGACCACGUGGCGCCGCCCAUGGCGGGCGUGCCGUCCCCCGACGGCGUGGUGGGCGAGGAGGACGGAUUCAACUUCCGCCGCCUCGGCGUGCGCGUGCCCACCUUCGUCAUCUCGCCCUGGAUCGACAAAGGCAUGGUCAUCCAUCGCCCGCGAGGCCCACACCCGACAUCACAGUUCGACCACACGUCGGUGGCGGCCACACUGAGAGACGUGUUCGGGCUGACGUCCAAGCAGGACGAGCUGACGGCCAGGGACGCCUGGGCGGGCUCGCUCAUGCCCUUCCUCUCCCUGCGCUCCUCGCCCCGCACCGACUGCCCCCGUGAGCACCGACUGCCCCCUGCAGCGCUCUCAGCGCUGCAGCAGGACAUGGUGGCCAUCGCGGCCGCCCUCAUCCCCAUGCCCGUGCCGCCCGGCGCCAUUGACUCGUUCGUCAACUCGCUGCUGCAGCGCGAGGCGGGUGUGUUCGUGCGCACCGCCGUCGCUAACUUCCUCCUUCACCAGGGCGCCGGGGGCCAUGGGGGCGAUGAAGGGGGCGAUGGGGGGGGUGAUGGGGGGAGUGGGGGGAGUGGAGGGGAGGGUGUGCAAAUGCGGGUGAUGGCGUGUGACCGAAGCAAAUGGUGGUGCCGCGCUGUGGUGAGCAUGCAGCGGCUCGUGGGGUUCCGUGACAGCAGCAGUGGCGCUAGCAGUGAUAGUGGGGAUGGUGGAGAUGCGGAUGCGAAGGAAAAGGAGGAGCAGAAAGAGGAGGAGAAGAGGAAAAAGGAAGAGGAGAAGCGGAAGCGAGAAGAGAAGAGAAGGAAGGAGAAGGAGAGACGGGAGAAAGACAGGGAGAGGCGUGCGAAGGAGAAGGCGCAGCGAGAGAAGGCGCAGCGAGAGAAGGCGCAGAAGGAUGAGGCAGCGGCGCCAGACGACAGCCUGUGA